AUGGCAGCCAGCACGAAGACCAGUAAAUCGACGCCAAACAAUGUCAUCUUCAAGAAGGUCUCACGGGACAAAGCGGUGACCAUCUACCUGGGGAAGAGAGACUAUAUAGACCAUAUCAACCAAGUAGAGCCUGUGGAUGGUGUCGUAUUGGUCGAUCCUGAGCUUCUGAAGGGAAAGAAAGUGUACGUCUCUCUGACCUGUGCCUUCCGCUACGGCCAGGAGGACAUCGACGUGAUCGGCCUGACUUUCCGCAGGGACCUGUACUUCUCUCGGGUCCAGGUGUACCCUCCCGUGGGGGCCGUGAGCGCACCCACAAAACUGCAGGAGAGCCUGCUGAAGAAGCUGGGGGGCAACACGUACCCCUUUCUGCUCACGUUUCCUGACUACUUGCCCUGUUCAGUGAUGUUGCAGCCAGCUCCACAAGACACAGGGAAGAGUUGUGGGGUCGACUUUGAGGUCAAGGCAUUUGCUGCAGACAGCACAGAUUGCGAAGAGGACAAAGUCUCCAAGAAGAGCUCGGUGCGUUUACUGAUCCGGAAAGUGCAGCAUGCUCCACCUGAGAUGGGUCCCCAGCCCCAAGCCGAGGCAGCCUGGCAGUUCUUCAUGUCUGACAAGCCCCUGCUCCUCAAGGUGUUCCUUGGCAAAGAGAUCUAUUACCAUGGGGAACCCAUCCCUGUGACCGUGACUGUGACCAAUAACACAGAGAAAACAGUGAAGAAGAUUAAAGCUUUAGUGGAACAAGUGGCCAAUGUGGUUCUCUACUCGAGUGAUUAUUACGUAAAGCCAGUGGCCAUGGAGGAAAUUCAAGAAAAAGUGCCACCAAACAGCACUCUGACCAAGACACUGACGCUGGUGCCCUUGCUGGCCAACAAUCGAGAGCGAAGGGGCAUUGCCCUGGAUGGGAAGAUCAAGCACGAGGACACGAACCUUGCCUCCAGCACCAUCAUUAAGGAGGGUAUAGACCGGACCGUCCUGGGGAUCCUGGUGUCUUACCAGAUCAAGGUGAAGCUCACGGUGUCAGGCUUUCUGGGAGAGCUCACCUCCAGUGAAGUGGCCACCGAGGUGCCAUUCCGUCUCAUGCACCCCCAGCCUGAGGACCUAGCUAAGGCAAAAGAAAGUUUUCAGGAUGAAAAUUUAGUGUUUGAGGAGUUUGCUCGCCAAAAUCUGAAGGAUGCAGAAGCCGAUGAAGGGAAGAAGAACAAGGAGGCGGACGAUGAGUGA